AUGAAGGCACCGCUUACUAUUGCACAUAAUACCGAAGAUACGGAUUCAGAUCCACCUACAAACGCAGUCGCGCUCUCUAAUCCCCCCGCUACCUCGGGCACAACCCUACUUCCACGACCAGUCGCAUCGUUAGUAUCCUUAUUGACCCAGUCUACUUCGCUCUCGUUACGCGUGGGGACCUUUUUCGGAGGUGUAGCCCUCGAUGGCGCGCGAGCAACAACUCUAACUAGCCUCGAACUGGGACGCGCCGUGAUCGAGGGGAUUCUUACGCGCGCCGGGCGUGAUGUGGCUAUUCGCAGCGGGGAUGAACACGGGAGAAUGGAGGCGGAGUCAUUAUUGGAGCGAAGUUUAGCAACAUUGCAUACAACAGUGACCUCGGCUUCGUUCUUUGCCGCUGCCACAUUCCACUUCUCCUCUACAACACUCGCAUCGGUGGCGAACUUCUCGCAGGCUCUCCUAUCGACAUUAGAUGCUAUUCUAGGUUCUACCGAGUCAUCUCGAGCCAUUGCCGCCAUCAUCACUCUCAUCCGCCGCGAGUUCAGGUCCGUCGACGCCAAUGCCAAUACAAAUGCCGAGAAGAUUGGUGUCGGGGAUCUAUUUAUCGGAUCAGUGGGCUUUGCACUCUUACAACGCUGGGGAAAAAAGAAAUCCGAGCGAGUACUUCGAGAAAAUGGUGGAGAUGAAGUCGUCUGGGAUACCGUCAUCUUGGACAACGGUGCCCGAGCGGACGUGCUCGGGACCCACCAACUGCAGUUUAGAAACGCAGAUACGGAUCGUGAGGAACUUCCCGCGGAGCCUGAAAGGGCAUCGUUCGUCAUGCCUGGAAAUGAUGACGAGGCUUUCGGGGCGGUGCGUCGUCGAUCUAGCAUUGGCGAUUCCCUCGCUAGCCACCGACUGUCAAUCUCCUUGGAUAAUCAGCACCAGAUAUCCGACGAAGACAUUCAAUCAUAUAUCAUGAGUCAGUUACCACAUGGCUGCCAUGCCUCAAUCAAAUCCGAAGUCUUGACGGCCCGUACGAUCACGGUGGAUAUCUUCGACGACGACAUGGCAGAAAUCGCCGCUCCCCCUGGCACCACCAUGGUCGAAGAGCGGUUUCACCACGAUCAAGACUAUGAUGCGACCAAAAAGCCUGAUAAUCAAAGGCUUCCAAGGCAUACGGUUGUCUUCCGAACAGCUUUCAACAAGUCUCACAGCACGCAGCUACGCCCUCAAGAUGUUCCAAAUAUGACAAGCCCGCCCGCAGCGGAGCGACCUCGAAGUCCUUUAGCAGACCAUGCAUCAUCACCAGGGAAUGCCAAACCUCAUCCGCAAAGAUCACAAUCCUACCCCGAGGUUGGGCACCCUGCCGUGAAAAGACAGGUGUCCAGCCCCGACCCGUCCGGCGAACAAAGUCAAAAACCGCCAUUCGGCAGAGGCUCUUUUUCAAAAUUCGCACAGCGUGUCAAGCCAAGCAUGACAGAAAGACGCACGGGCGAGAUACCAAACCGACCAAGCACUCCUGUUCCGAACCGCGGCUUGCCACGAUCACCAUACCCUGGCUCACCUCAGUCACCGCGGACACCAGCGAGACCGGUCCCUCGCGAUGCUCAUGAACGAAAGAACCCCAGAACGGGGAACUUUGCCGUCCGUGAAAAGAGUCAAGAAUGCUUGCUCACCCAGACUGAUGCCUUUUCCCAUCGCCGCGCCGGAGAACUACGUCCAGGGUCCCCAGCUACAACUCGCCAUGUCCGCAGUAGUAGCUCGAUGUCUGUUGCUAGAUCCGAAACAGAUGGUCCCGCCUCGGUCAAUGGCCAUCGUCCCAGUUCUUCGGCACUACAUGGUCGGUCCAAAUCGUAUACGCCGAGUAUGUACUCUGUGGCCACAGCCGGCUCCGAAACUUCCCUCAUCCUAGCCCAUCGACCGCGGAAGAGCGCAUACGAAGAUAUAGACACCAUCCAGGCGCUCAAUCGCGACGGCCUUGUCCCAGGCAUCUUUCCAGAGAGACACUUUGUACAGAAUAUCCGCCGUUUCUGCCGUUUCUCGUCGGCCUCAUACGGAUCCAAUGCCUUAAAAGUGAUGGGCGUACCAAAAGGAGGCAGCUCCAAAGGUAUUCCCCAAAAUGCAUCGGAUAGCCACGAGCACAGUGCAUUCUCAGACUACGCUGGCCUCCCACCGUCUACAAUCCUACUCUCUUCCUUCUUCGAUCCGGCCGGUGGCUCUAAUGCAGCCGGCGAAACAGAAAGCGGCUUCCCGCUCGUCCACUAUCUCUCCAUCGAUCACGAUUCAAAAGCAGUCGUCCUAACACUGCGCGGAACCUGGGGCUUCGAAGAUAUUCUCACUGAUAUGACCUGUGACUAUGACGAUCUGGAAUGGCAAGGCAAGAACUGGAAAGUGCACAAAGGCAUGCACGCUUCGGCAAAACGACUCCUCGAAGGCGGCGGCGGACGAGUCAUGAUCACCCUCCGCGCCGCAUUGGAAGAAUUCACAGACUACGGCGUCGUUCUCUGUGGGCACUCUUUGGGCGGAGGCGUCGCAGCUCUCCUCGCAACGAUGAUCUCCGAACCAAAUCUUGCCCCAACAGCAACAACAGGGAAAAGGACUGGAACAGGAACUUCCUUCGUAACAUCAUCCUACGAGCCAACCCCCCGUCCACGACUCUUAACAGUCGACACCGAAACAAGCCAUCACGCCACACCACCACCAUCACAAACCUACACCCUACCCAGCGGCCGACCAAUCCAUGUCUACGCCUACGGACCACCGGCCGUAAUGUCCCCAUUCCUCCGACUCGCAACACGAGGCCUAAUAACCACAAUCGUAAACGGCCACGACGUGGUCCCAAGUCUAUCCCUAGGAAUCCUCCACGACAUGCACACAGUCUCCCUAUCAUUCAAAUCCGACAUCAGCGGAGCAAAAUCUCACAUCCGCCAGCGUCUCCACGAAUCACUGCGCCAAAGCAUCAUUCACAAAUUCUACGUCAAUCAGCCGCCGCUGGUCAUUAAUGCCGGUGACGGUGUUGGCGAGGACGCUUGGGCUUGGAGAACGCUUAAUUUGCUGCGUGAUGAGAUGCGUGCGCCGAAACUCAUGCCGCCCGGUGAGGUUUUUGUUGUUGAGACUAUGCGCGUUCUGCAGCGGGAGGCGUUUACGCCUGUGCCGGACUUUUCGAGUGCGGUGCCCGGGUUGGAUGGGUAUCCUAGGCUUGGGAGGCCGGCUACUAGGGUGCAGAUGAGGUUUGUUAGGGAUGUGGAUGCUUGGUUUGGGGAGUUGAGGUUUGCUGGGGGGAUGUUGAGUGAUCAUAAUCCGGCGAGGUACGAGACUAGUCUUGCGGCGUUGGCGAGGGGUGUUCUUGAUGAGUGA